AUGUCCACAUCUCACAAAAGUCCCUCAGGAACGUGGCGCUUCUUCCGCCUCCUCGGCCCGGACCAGGAUGUCGUGGCGGAGAUCAUCAAGCUGAACCAGCCGAGCCCGGUCGGCAGGAAAAGCAGCGGUGGCAAGAAGGCGGCGUCCAAGCCCGUCAUGCUGUUUUCCCGACCGGAGCUGGCGAUCUUGCUGGCCUUCGUCAUGGCGAAAGGCGUGAAGCACGAGUUCACCAUGGAGUUUUUGUGGUCCGACACGUUGCCGCCACUGGACUACGUCGAUCGCCGCGGCUCGCCGAUGUUGGAGUUCUGGCAUGGGACCAACGAAGACGCUCUGAAUGGCAUGCAGCGUCGCAGACUCGAGUGCAAGCUGGUGUGGACGGAGACCGACCACACCGACUACGAGUGCUUGACCCUGCAGCAGGAGGCGAAGAGAAUCAGGAGAGGGAUCCGAGGGAUUAGCGACCAGAUCUCUUGUCUCCAGGAGCGGAAGGCUGACCUGGAAGCGCUCCUGUCGCAAAAGGAACAGGAACAGGGACACAGCGCUCCAGGGCAGUUCCAGAACCUGGAUGUCGUCCAGGAGGAGGACUCCGACUCCGGGGACUGCUGA